AUGGCUCUCCACAGCACGUUUUUUUGCGCAGCAGGCCACCUGACCAGAGCCAUGCUUGGUCUCAUGCGUAGCCAAAACAGUCUUUCAUGUCGCUUGCGACACGGAGAAGACCCCGGAGCCGCACGCAACUCCAUGGCCUUCUUGCCAGUUUUGUUUGAGAUUGUUGCUGGGUUCGAGGGCUUGCUGGCGGGCAUUGCAGCGGUCGGCGGCGAAGUCGGUGCGGAUGCGGCUGCCGGUUUCAUCGGCUCUGCAGCUUCGGAGUUGGCUUCUGUCACUCCUGAAGUGAAUGCAGUUCUUAUUGGCGGUGUGGGAGCGUACAACUUCGGAGAACCUACAUGGGAGAAUACUCAUGAUGGUUGGCAGACUCUCGGUGCGGCAACAGAAGGAGCAGUGCUCGGUGGGAUAUCCGGAUAUGCGUUGGGCGGUGCCGCUGGGGGUGCUAUCGCUGCAGAUGCGGAAGCCGCGGCAUUGACUGCUCUCAGUGCCGUUUCGGAGCAAGCUGCAGACGCGUCUUCCUCAGCAUUACUAGCUGGAGUUGCAGUGACCCGCACCCGGCCCCGCCUCAACCGUCGGCGACGGUUCAGGCGGUGUUGGCUGCGGGUGUAG